AUGUUAAAAAAUACUAAAAAUAUUGAACUACGUUAUGCCCCCCCAAAAAAAGUCAAUGCACGUUACUCGAAACAAGAAUUAGUUGGUAGAGGUGCUUACGGUGCUGUGUAUAAAGGAAUAGAUAAUGAUACAAGUAAAGUCGUAGCAAUAAAAGUUUUAAAUUUAGAUACAGAAGAGGAUGAUGUUGAUGAUAUUAUCAAAGAAAUCAAUUUACUCUCACAAAUUAAACAGAGUGAUUCAAGAAAUAUAACCAGAUAUUAUGGAAGUUUUCUUCAUGGCACUAAAUUAUGGAUUAUCAUGGAAUAUGCAGCAGGUGGAACAAAAGAAGUAAUACAAGCUUUAAUCUAUUUACAUAGAUGCAAAAUAAUUCAUCGUGAUAUUAAAGCCGCAAAUAUAUUAUUAACUGCUGAAGGUAAAGUUCAACUGUGUGAUUUCGGAGUUGCCGGUCAACUAACUGCUUCUUCAACAAAAAGAACAUCAUUUGUUGGCACACCAUAUUGGAUGGCACCCGAAGUAAUUAUCGAAGGUGCAACCUAUGAUACUAAACCACCUGCAAGAUUAGAAGGAGUAUAUUCACAACAUUUAAAAGAAUUACGACCAACAGCAGAUGAUUUAUUGAAAAUUAAAUUUGUAAAAAAUGCAAAUAAACAUCAAAAUGGAAUAUUACGAGAUUUAAUUGCAAGGUUUGAACAUUGGAAACAAACGACAGGAUAUCGUCAAUCAUUUUCCGAUCCAUCCUUAAGUAAAAAGGGUCAACACGAACGAUCACUCACAAAUUUUCCAGACAAAUUGUCACCUGUGGUCGAAAAGAAAGAAGAGAAAACAAUGAUACCUAGAGAUGCUACUAUUAGGUAUGGACGCAUACUUGCUGAUGAACUCAUGUCACCGACAAGACCAAUAUAUCUAAGAAACUAUUCAGAAAAUCAACAUCCACUACAAUUAUUAUUUAACACUGAUGACCAAAAACAACAACAUCAACGACAGAAUAGUGGCAAUAAAGAUUCUUAUUCAAAAAACUUUUUCGAUAGUCCAACCAUAUCUAUUCCAUCAGAUAAUGACGAGGUUAUCAAUUUUUCAGAUUUAGAUGGCCCGCCUUCUUCACGAACAAUGACAAAAGAACUACUUCAAUCUCAAUAUGAUAACCAAACAAAAGAUGCAUCUUCUACAGAAAAUAAUGACAAUGUUAAUGGUAAAGAUGGAAAAGAUCGAAAAUCACCAGAGAUUAUAGUUCCAUUCGAUCCAUCACCUUCACAAAAAAUUGUUUUAACACCGGUCGAGGAAAUUAAAACUUCAAACGAUUUAUUAUUUCCUAACUCAGCAUCAAAUAAUGAUAAUAAACCUUCUCUUAACAAAGGCCCGUUUAAAUUCAUGAUGACUCCAGUAAGACAUGAAAGUUAUGAUGCAUUACCACUACCAAACAAUAACGAUUUAUCAUCAGGUAUACCAUUAUACAGGUCAAAAAGUCAAGGUAAAGAACAUCCUCAGUAUGCAAGAAGAGUUAGAUCUGCGACAACUUUAAAUCAAACAAAAUCCCAUGCUGAAGAAUUAUUAGGACAAAAAAAAAUAAAUAACAAUAAUAGUUAUGAUGAUGAUGAUGACGAUGGUUAUGGUAUUAACACUAAAAUAAAUGGUAAUUUGGCUUUGAACGUGCCAAGACAAAGAAGUGUUAAUGGUCCUGAGAUAAGACCAUUAAAAAUGGAUAAUUAUCGUGGAACUAGUGAAGUAUUUGAAGACUUAACAAAAACCACUGAGGACUUCCUGCAAUGGAUGAUAUUAUUAGACGCAGGAAUAAGUCAAUUAUUGACAAGAUCUUAA